UUAGUUUCCAAUUCCAAAUCAAUGGAGAAAAGUGAGAUCGAAAUGGGCAGCACAAGCAAAGGGAAAGCGCCUCUACUCGCGGCAGCCGUCCAUCACAACCGGCCGGCUGGUGGAUACAAGAGGGGCGCUGCCGUGUUCGACCUCAUCCUGCGGGUGUGCGCUGUGGCGGCCGCCAUGGUCGCCACCAUCAUCAUGGCCACCACCGAGCAGACGCUUCCCUUCUUCACCCAAUUCUUCCAGUUCCAAGCCAGCUACGACGACCUCCCUACUUUCACAUUCUUUGUGAUAGCGAUGGCGGUGGUGACCGGCUACCUCAUUCUCUCGGUGCCUUUCUCCAUCGUCUGCAUUGCUCGUCCGGGCGUUAUCGGAGCCCGCCUCCUACUCGUCACAUGCGAUACAUUGGCAGUUACAUUGGCUACGGCGGCAGGAGGAGCGUCGGCGGCGAUAGUGUACCUGGCCCACAACGGCAACUCGGACGCGAAUUGGCUUGCCAUUUGCCAGCAGUUUAAUGACUUCUGCCAGAGGGUGAGCGGCGCCGUUGUCGCCUCCUUUGUCGCGGUGGUGUUGCUCAUCUUCCUCGUCGUCAUCUCCGCCUUCGCUCUCAGGAAGAAGCAUUAA